UGUAGUUCCCUUUCAGAGGGUGAGGUCUACUCAGUAACCCUUUUUCCACCAAGACGUCCAAUUCAGCUGAAAUGCAUUAAAUGAAGUGGACCUAAACCUUUUCACCAACAACAUCUCCACUUGAUGAAAAGCAUUAAUAAGUCUUUGUGUGUUCGAUGGAAGGGAUGAGUCUCUUCUCUGAUGUGAGUACACAGCGACGUGUUUUUGGCUGGGUUUCCAUCAUCUGGUUCACUGCAGGCAUUGCAGUCAGUCAAAGGCUGGAGCUACAGACCGUUUCCCAGGUGGCAGCACGGUGUGGAGAAAAUGUGACACUGACAUGUAAUGUCAGCUCAUCACGCAUCGAAAUUAAACACUUUUCCUGGCAUAACAAUAAAAGUCUGUGUCAAUAUGACAGCCAGCAUGAUGACCCCAAGGUUAAAUGUGAAUAUAUAGACGAGCCUCUACCACAAAGCCUCACUCUGACUCUCCUCAACGUGAUGCCCAGCGACCAGGGAACAUACCUCUGCAAGCUGCGCUCCAGCCAAGGUGUGAGGUCUAAAACUGCUGAUGUUAAAGUACAAGAUUGCCUUGAAACUUCUGGCUACGACAGAAAUGAGUCUUAUGCUGAGUGCUGGUUCAAUGGAGUUUACCCCGGUGGCGGCAGCGUCCGCUGGUCCCAAGGAGAGCUUAACUUCACGGCCCCUGCCUUCUACCAGAAAGAAAAAAUGGACCAUCAUGGGCGGUACAAUAUCUUGAGUCAAUUAGAUGUCCGGAAAGGAAAUUUGAACCAGCCGUAUACCUGCUCACUGUGGAUGCCUUCGACCAGUAAGGCGUUUAUUAGUCACGAACUACAUGUGGUUAAGAAAUUGAAAGGGUCAUCAGAAAGCAUGGUCACGCUGCAGUGGAUCUGUUUGAUAAUGGAAAUCAUAAUGGUUAAAUGUAUGACAUAAAGGGAACAAACCAACAGAAUUCAGAUGUUGAAAUAAAAAGGGGCCACAGAUUAAUUCAGUCAAUUAUGAAGUGUUGGGUGCAGUUUUGUUUUUUAUUUGUUGUAAAAUUAAGUGGGUACAUUUAGUUUUUAACCCAUGUUACCUGCAUUUAAGAGCUUAGGGGGGACUUCUCGGUAAAAACAAGAGUUUGUAGGGUUUUAAUUAGCAGGGGUCUAACAAAAACAAAAAAUAUAUAUAUUUCACUGAUUAUUCAAAUGUAACAAGAGGGGAGGCAGUCUGUUAGAGAAAAAUGAAUCUGAAGGCGUAUUUUGACCCACACAAUUUGUGAAAACAAACUGCCACACUUAGUUAAAGGGUGUUUAGUUAUUAAAUGUUGUUUCAGAGGACUGGAAACACUAUUUUCCGGAAAAUAGGCUUUAGAAAUCUGCUGCUAUAUAUUUUUGUUGCAGAUGCAGCCUUGUUUUACUGGUAGUUGUAUACUCAUUGUAAACAGACCUUUUGUUAAACCUUCACCUCCUCCUUAUUGCCAAAAGGAGGCAGUCUUCUCGUGCAAGAGAAAUAAUACACCUCUGGCCUUUUGUAAAUGCUGCAAAGGAGAGCAUUGGUAUUCUGAAUCUAUGAACACUGAAGGGGAGAAAGGGUUGUCAAAUAAAACUGCAAACAAAUCGUUGAAGCUUACAUUAUUCAUGUGAAGGACUAAGCAACAACAUGUAAGCCAAUACAAAUACAAAUGAAAUGACAACGAUUAAACCAGAUUUGAAACAAUAUGCCAGAAAAUCCAAUCAUUUAAAAACUGUUAACCUUUUUUUGUUGUUGCAAUGUUUAAGAUGUAUUGUUCAUUCACAUGUGUUACUUUAGUAGACUGAAAUCUGACGUAAUGUAGGUUAUGUUGUUUGUUAAAGAUUUACUUUUGUUUUCAAAUGAUUUUUGCUAUGCUUCAUAAAUGUUCAAAUCCUACAUCCGAGUUAUAUUUUGCUUUGGAGAUGUUUAGGCAUGCAUUCCUUUAAACUAGUUACAGCAAGUUUUGCCUCGGUGUGCGGCGAGACUUGCAAACCACAGAAAUGUUUUUCAAAACGAUAUUUAAUUCCAUUUAAGUUUGCUUUUUUUUUUUAAAAAGCUAGUUAAAGUGGAAAACAGGUUGCACAGCCUGUUUAAUAUGCUUUUGUCCUUCGGUCUCAGUGUUUCACAUUAGUAACAUGUCUUUCUCAGAUGAAUGGUGAAAAAGGAAAGCUGUGUUUUCUGUGCAUGUAUUCAUUUCUUCUGAUUUGAAACUGAUAUUAAAAUGAAUGCAAAGGA